GCGGGCCCAGGUAAUUCGUGGUUGCUACAAACCUACUUGGAGAACGUACCACAUCCGCAUUGUAAUGUACUGGCGCAGGAGAUAUUCCAGGCGGGUCUGAUACCGUCAGACACGGACUUUCGAAUAUUCCGUGAUUAUGGUCUUAUUUCGGGCUUGGACAUAGCAUACUUUCGGAAUGGUUGGUUGUAUCAUACGGAAUUCGAUAGACCUGAAUUCAUUAACGAAGGCUGCAUACAACGGGCUGGCGAUAACAUUCUUGCUCUGGUCAAGGUAAGAGAAGAAUAG